AGAGCUCAGAAAACCAAAUCUAACAACCGUUUCACCUGCCAUCACUGUGGAAGGAGUUUCAGAGAAAAACAAAAUCUUCAAACGCACAUGAGAGUUCACACUGGAGAGAGACCAUUCACCUGCCAACAGUGUGGAAAAAACUUCACUCAACAAGGAUCCCUCAAAAGUCACAUGAGAACUCACACGGGAGAGAAGCCUUUUACCUGCCAGCAGUGUGGAAACAGUUUCACUCAAAAAGUAUCCCUUAAAUAUCACAUGAGAACUCACACGGGAGAGAAGCCUUUUACCUGCCAGCAGUGUGGAAACAGUUUUGCGCAAAAAUCAAACCUUAAAAAGCACAUGAGAACUCACUCGGGAGAGAAGCCUUUCACCUGUAAGCUGUGUGGAAAGAGUUAUACACAGAAAAGCACCCUUCGUUCCCACAUGAGCAUUCACACUGGAGAGAAACCUUAUACAUGUGAACAGUGUGGAAAGAGUUUCCCUGCAAAACAAAACCUUAAAAUCCACAUGAGAGUACACACUCAAGAGAAGCCUUACUCUUGCAAGUAUUGUGGGAAGAGUUUCACACAUGAUGUGAUCAUUGAUUACCACAUGAGAGUUCACACUGGACAGAAUGUGUUCACAUGUGAUCGUUGUGGAAAGACCCUCACAACAGAAUUUAGCCUUGAGUGUCACAAGCUCAGGCACACUGGAAAGAAACCCUUCAAAUGUGAUCAGUGUGGAAAGGGUUUCAUACGUAAGAUGAGACUUAAUUACCACAUGAAGACUCAUUCGGCAGAGAAAUGCUGUAAAUGUGCUCAGUGUGAAAAGAGUUUCAGGAAUAAACGUAGCCUAAAUGCUCACAUUAAAAAACAACACACUUGAGAGAAGCCUGUGGGAAGAGCUUCUCACAAAUAAUCUUAAGAUUCACAUGAAAUAUGUGUGGAAUCAUGAAGAAACCCACACGAGAUUUCACUCAGGGGAGAACCAUUAUGCCAUCAAG